CUCCCCUGAGGAGUGGCGGUCUCGGCCCGACCGAUUCCCGGGAUCGCCGGUCACCGGGUACCUCGGACUUCCCUGGGUAUCAGAUCUGCAGGACUUGGCAAGUCUGGGCUGACAUUUGCCCCCACCCCCCCCCGACUCCAGAUUGGCAGAACCUGGCAUCUGGCCGGCCUCCAGAACUCGGGCCGCGCCGAGGUUUCCUCAGCUCUCGGCGUCCCCCACAUGGCGGGGCCGCGCCCCCGGUCCGGGCCCCUGGAGCGCGCCGGCAGCUGCUGGCAGGAUCCGCUGGCCGAGGCUCUGAGUCGGGGCCGGCCGCUCACGGGGCCCCAGGGUCGGGGCUGCUCCCGGAGCCGGCCGCUCCGAGUGGUCUACGUGCUGACCCGCGAGCCGCAGCCCGAGGCCGGGUCUGGAGCCGGAGCCUCGGACGCGGAGCCGCUGCCCCUGCGCUGCCUGCGCGAGGCCUGCUCGCAGCUCCCGGGACCGCGGCCACCGUCGCAGUUGCGCAGCCUGCCCUUCGGGACGCUGGCGCUGGGCGACACCGCCGCGCUCGACUCCUUCUACAACGCGGAUGUGGUGGUGCUGGAGGUGAGCAGUUCCCUGGCCCAGCCCUCGUUGUUCUACCACCUUGGCGUGCGGGAGAGCUUCAGUAUGACCAACAACGUGCUGCUCUGCUCCCAGGCCGACCUCCCAGACCUGCAGGCUCUGCGUGAAGAUGUUUUCCAGAAGAAUGCGGACUGCGCUGGCAGCUACACACUGAUCCCCUAUGUGGUGACGGCGACAGGUCGGGUGCUGUGCGGUGAGGCAGGCCUCCUGAGGGGCCUGGCUGAUGGGCUGGUCCAGGCGGGGAUGGGCACUGAGGCCCUGCUCACCCCCCUGGUGAGCCGGCUGGCUCGCCUGCUGGAGGCCACCCCGACAGACUCUUGUGGCUACUUCCGGGAGACCAUUCGGCAGGACAUCCGGCAAGCCCGGGAGCGCUUCAGUGGGCAGCAGCUACGACAGGAGCUGGCUCGCCUGCAGCAGAGGCUGGACAGUGUGGAGCUGCUGAGCCCCGACAUCAUCAUGAACCUGCUGCUGUCCUACCGCGACGUGCAGGACUACACUGCCAUGAUCGAGCUGGUAGAGACGCUGCAGGCUUUGCCCACCUGUGAUGUGGCCGAGCAGCACAACAUCUGCUUCCACUACACUUUUGCCCUCAACCGGAGGAACAGGCCUGGGGACCGGGAGAAGGCCCUGGCUGUGCUGCUGCCGCUGGUGCGCCUCGAGGGCUCGGUGGCGCCAGAUCUGUACUGCAUGUGUGGCCGUGUCUACAAGGACAUGUUCUUCAGCUCUGGUUUCCAGGACAUCAAGUACCUGGAGCAGGCCUACCACUGGUACCGCAAGGCUUUUGAUGUGGAGCCGAGUCUCCAUUCGGGCAUCAAUGCCGCUGUGCUCCUCAUUGCCGCCGGCCAGCACUUUGAGGAUUCAGAGGAGCUGCAGCUCAUUGGCAUGAAGCUGGGCUGCCUGCUGGCCCGCAAGGGCUGCGUGGAGAAGAUGCAGUACUACUGGGAUGUAGGUUUCUACCUGGGGGCCCAGAUCCUCGCCAACGACUCCAACCAGGUGGCACUGGCUGCCGAGCAGCUCUACAAACUCAACGCCCCCAUCUGGUACCUGGUGUCGGUGAUGGAGACCUUCUUGCUCUACCAGCACUUCAGGCCCAUGCCCGAUCCCCCUGGGGGCCCGCUGCGGCAGGCUCACUUCUGGCUCCACUUCCUGCUGCAGUCCUGCCAACCUUUCCUAACCGCCUCGCCUCAGGGAAGCCAGAGCUUGGUGCUGGUGGUGGAAAUGAACAAGGUGCUACUGCCGGCCAGGCUGCAGGUUCAAGGGGAGGAGUUGGUAGAUGCUGUGACCCUGAGCCUGCUAGAGCCCAAGACCCAGGGUGGCGAAGCCAGCUGGACCUUUCCUGUGGCCUCCAUCUGUGGGGUCAGCGCCUCCAAGCAGGAUGAGCGCUGCUGCUUCCUCUACGCGCUGCCCCCUGCUCAGGACACACAGCUCUGCUUCCCCAGCGUGGGGCACUGCCAGUGGUUCUGCGGCCUGAUCCAAGCCUUGGUAACCAACUCGGAUUCCACGGCCCCGGCAGAGGAGGCAGAGGGCGUGGGGGAGGUGCUGGAGUUUGACUAUGAGUACACAGAAACCGGCGAGCGACUGGUGCUGGGCAAGGGCACCUACGGGGUGGUGUACGCCGGCCGCGAGCGCCACACUCGGGUACGCAUCGCCAUCAAGGAGAUUCCCGAACGGGACAGCAGGUUCUCUCAGCCCUUGCACGAGGAGAUAGCACUACACAAACGCCUCCGCCACAAGAACAUCGUGCGCUAUCUGGGUUCUGCCAGCCAAGGCGGCUACCUCAAGAUCUUCAUGGAGGAGGUGCCCGGAGGCAGCCUGUCCUCCUUGCUGCGGUCGGUGUGGGGAGCUCUGAAGGACAACGAGAGCACGAUCAGCUUCUACACCCGCCAGAUCCUGCAGGGACUCAGCUAUCUGCACGACAACCACAUCGUACACCGAGACAUCAAGGGAGACAACGUGCUGAUCAACACCUUCAGUGGACUGCUCAAGAUCUCGGACUUUGGCACAUCCAAGCGGCUGGCAGGCAUCACUCCUUGCGCCGGGACCUUCACAGGGACCCUUCAGUACAUGGCCCCAGAGAUCAUUGACCAGGGCCCACGAGGCUAUGGGAAGGCAGCUGACAUCUGGUCAUUAGGUUGCACUGUAAUCGAGAUGGCCACAGGUUACCCCCCUUUCCAUGAGCUGGGAAGCCCACAGGCUGCCAUGUUUCAGGUGGGCAUGUACAAGGUGCACCCGCCAAUGCCCGCCUCUCUUUCCGCUGAGGCUCAAACCUUCCUCCUUCGAACUUUCGAGCCAGACCCCCGCCUCCGAGCCAGUGCCCAGGCCCUGCUGGGGGACCCUUUCCUGCAGCCUGGCAAGAGGAGUCGCAGCCCCAGUUCCCCACAACAUGUUCCCCGGCCUUCAGGAGUCCCUGCAGCCAGUCCCACUCCCUCGGCUGACUCCGCCACCCAGGCCCAGACCUUUCCAAGUCCUCAGACACCCCCUCAGGGCUCUGCCAGCCCCCCGAAGCGCUGCCUUAGUUAUGGGGGCACCAGCCAGCUCCGAGUGCCCGAGGAGCCUGGGGCCGAGGAAUCCACGUCCUCAGAGGAGAGCUCGGGGCUGAACCUGCUGCACCAGGAGAGCGAGCGCCGGGCCAUGUUGGCCGCGGUGCUGGAGCAGGAACUGCCUGAGCUGGCCGAGAAUUUGUGCGGGGAACCAGAGCAGGAUUCCCGUCUGGACAGGUUGCACGUGGAGCAGCUGGUGCGCUGCCUCGGGGCACACAUCCACACGCCCAACCGCCGGCAGCUGGCCCAGGAGCUGCGGGCCCUGCAAGAGCAGCUGCAGGCCCAGGGCCUGGGGCCUACCCAACUGCACGGCCCUCUCUUCGCCUUCCCGGAUGCGGUGAAGGAGAUCCUCCGCAGGCGCCGGAUCCGCCCGCACUGGAUGUUCGUGCUGGAUUCACUGCUCAGCCGCGCUGUCAGGGCCGCCUUGGCCGUGCUGGUCCCAGAGGUGGAGAAGGACACGGUGACACUGAGAUCAGAGGAGCUGGGUCCAGAAGGCGAGUCCCCACAGCAGGAGCAGGAGACCGUGGUCCAUCUGAGCCCGCCCGCGGGAGAACCCAAGGAGGAGCCCCCAACUCUGAUGGCACAACUGGAUCUCCUGCAGGCUGAGACAGACAGGCUCCGCGACAUUCUGGCCAAGAAAGAACGGGAGUGCCAGAGCCUGAUGCAGCGGGCCCUACAGCAGAUGGAUGAGGCCAGCACCCGCAUGCUGACUUCAGAGCCCCCAGCUGCUACCCCUGAAGACCAGAACCUGGUCCAGUGGCUCCAGGAACUGCGCGUGGAUUCUGACACCAUCCAAAUGCUGCUGAAGCACAGCUUCACCCUCCACACCCUGCUGACCUGUGCCACGCGAGAUGACCUCAUCUACACCCGCAUCAGGGGAGGGAUGGUCUGCCGCAUCUGGAGAGCCAUUCUGGCCCAGCGAGCAGGAUCCAUGUCAGGGACACCCGGAACCCGGGAGGCUGAGUGAGAGCAUCCGAAACAGGAGGGACCAUGGAUGGACGCAUGAAGACCACACAGGCAGCUUCUAACACUUGUGCCCUGGGGUCUGGGCAGCUGAGGGUGGGUGAGGGUCAGGCAGGACUCAGGCCUUGGUGCUGUAGGGUGGUGUAUGUGAACUAAUCAGAGGCACCUCCUCCCCGUGUGUUCUGUGAGGGACCAAUGACUAUUAAACAGAACUCUUUUUGUACCCUUGUCUUGGCAGCUUGGGAGGGGCACGUGUGCGUUGGGCGGAGGUCUUUGUGUCUAAGGCCGAAGCCCCUGAAGC